CAGCCGAUUUUGUGAGAAGGUCGGGACAGCAAGGCUCGGUUCGAAGUCGACACUGGAGCUCAGGCAGCAGCAGAGAGAAGUUGGCGACAGAGGAGGCACCAAUCGAGGGCUGAGAAGGCAAGAGAAAGCGAAGGCAAAAGCGAAUCGACCUCGUCACUCGUGGCAAAAGCAGGAGCAGCAGCUCCAUCUCGUGGGCCCCGGCCGGCCCCAGCUGCUCGAGCUGUCGACGUGGCAAGUGCUGCCGAGCCGCCUUUCUGCAUUCCUUCCGUGCAUCGGAACCGGGACAUGUCCACGUGGCCGCCUCGGGGGUACGGAGCGAGUGUUACAUGCUAGCUCCGUAUUAUUCCUCUUACCGUCCGUUCCCGGCCCUUCGCUUCGCUUCCCGUCGAUUUUCGAUUUGUCGAUUUCCUCGAGGCUUCAUAUUCUUGCGGGGCGAGGUCCCGGAUCGACAGGAAAUCCACCCCAAAGAAAAAACAGCAAACGAUCCGCGAGUGCAGCAGCAUGGAUCGCUGUGACUUCAUGCUGCAUGCACGUCAGAGCGAAUGAUUGAGGAUUCUGUCUAGCCCGUGAAGUGAUCACGCAGUGCACGUCUCUUCCACUUCCACGAGCAUCGCGAAUGCAGCGGUGUAAAGUCGGACGAACACCAAGAUCGGAGGAGGGCAUUGUUUAGGGAGGGAGGGAGGGAGGGAGGGACAUGGAAUGCCGAGGCGGAUCAGAAGAUGCCCUAAAUCGUGGAAUGCAGCGCUGAUCAGUCGCGGGGGUGGGUCGCCAGGACCCAUGUGAAGUACCUGUCUGCUGUACUCUGCUGAGUCCGCUUCCACAUCAGCUCGCCUGCCGACACGUCUCUAUCCUGUGCCCACUGGCAAGAGUCUCUCUCUGACUGUCUAAAAGCGAGUUUCUCCCGCACAGAAGCAGGAAGAAUCAGAGUGUAGCAAUUCGGGAAACUUUCCGCUGCCCACGAUUGCUUCUGACGAGCGUCUGCAUUUGAGUGCUGAGACUGAGUGCAAGGGAGAGCGGACGUCCCCAAAUUCUUGUAAGGACGAGGUUGACAGAUAUCGAGUGAUGUCGCCUACUCUAACUUCCUUCGUCAAGGGGGCUCAGGACUCCUGCUUCCCGAUCCAGAAUUUACCGUAUGGCAUAUUUCGCCCGACUCCUGAACAGAUUCCACGCCCCGGGGUGGCCAUUGGCGACUAUGUGCUAGAUCUCUCCGCUGUUUCUCGAGCUGGCCUCUUCAAAGGCCCUUUGCUACAUAGCAGCGAUUGUUUCCUUCAUCCGACAUUGAAUCAGUUUAUGAGUCUUGGAAGACCAGCGUGGAAGGAAGCCCGAGAAACAAUCCAAAAGCUGCUAUCUGUUGAUGAUCCCACCCUGCAAGACAAUGUUGACCUGGAAGCAACGGUUUUUGUGCCAAUGAGUCAAGUGAAGAUGGAAUUACCCGCUGCAAUUGGGGAUUACACAGACUUUUACUCGUCGAAGGAGCAUGCAACAAACCUGGGCAUAAUGUUUCGUGGGAAAGAGAACGCUCUUCCGGUGAACUGGCUUCAUCUCCCUAUCGGCUAUCAUGGAAGAUCAUCUUCAAUUGUCGUAUCCGGGACCGACCUUGUCAGACCUAGAGGUCAGACUGCGCCGGGUAAGGACGGGCUUCCUGCUUACAAGGCUUCUCAAUUAGUGGACUUCGAGCUAGAAAUGGCUGUGUUUGUAGGUCCCGGUAAUGAAAUGGGUAGUCCAGUGAGCGUGGAGGAUGCGCAUGAUCAGAUCUUUGGGUUCGUUCUUAUGAAUGAUUGGAGUGCCAGAGACCUUCAAAAAUGGGAGUAUGUUCCUCUCGGUCCGUUCCUCGGAAAGAAUUUUGGCACGACAAUUUCUCCUUGGGUUGUCACAAUGGAGGCACUCGAACCAUUCAUCUGCAAAGCACCUGAACAAGACCCAGCUCCUUUAGCCUACUUGCAGGACAGCAAACGCGUGACAUUUGACAUUCCUUUGAAGGUUGCCCUCAAGCCGGAAGGAGGAAAGGAAUCGGUGAUCACUCAGAGUAAUUUCAAGAAUUUAUACUGGACAGUGGCCCAACAAAUUGCUCACCACACGGUGAACGGGUGUAACCUUAGACCUGGUGACCUUUUAGCAUCAGGGACUAUCAGCGGACCAGAAGAAGGGAGCUAUGGUUCUAUGGUUGAGCUUUCAUGGUCAGGUUCAAGAGAGGUAAAACUAGAAAAUGGAGGCGUCAGAAAAUUCAUUGAAGAUGGGGACGAAGUGAUAAUGACAGCAUGCUGCAAGGGCGAUGGUUACUGUAUCGGAUUUGGCCCGUGUUCCGGUAAGAUAUUGCCACCCAGACCAGAGUAGCAGCACGAGCUUGAAGCUGUUACGAUAACUACACGUUGUUAUAUAGCUGACGACUCUGGAAGAGUGGACCAGCGUGUAUCCAAGAGACACUAAUUCUAGUCCUCUUUUUCAAUUUGAGAGUACGCGUGGCCAGAGCAGUCUCUUCAUCAUCUUAGAGGCUUUGCUCUCAUAUCAAGGAGAAUGUUCAGCGCAGGAGUAGAUACAAGUCCUUGUGACAAUAGGUACAUAUGCGUUGUGCUCGUCAUCAGCAGUACUUGAAAGAGGAAAGAGCACUUUCUUACAUAGAAUUGUAAAUUAUUGUAUUUCCCGAGUCGGUGAAUAAAUGAAACCAGAACGAGUUCUACAAAGC